AUGACGGACUUUGGGGAAAUCCUAAAACACGUUGGGGAAUUUGGACGCUUUCAGAAACGUUUGGUGUUUAUACUUUGUUUCCUUAGUUUUUUCAAUACCUUCCAUUUAUUUGGGCAGGUGUUUAUGGGAAUAUCCGUGCCUCACCACUGCAAUACCGACUGGAUACUGGAGAAAGCCCCAAACCUUACUGAGGACGUGCAGCUGAAUUUAACCAUCCCACGUAAUUCACAUGGGUCGUAUGAGCAAUGCCUGAUGUACACUCCAGAGGAUUGGGACAUUGAAUUAAUUGAAAGAUAUGGACUGAACGUCACAGGUGUCUGUCAGAAUGGAUGGGUGUAUGAUACGUCACAGCAAAAGUUAACACUGGUCACCGAGUUCAACCUGGUUUGUAACAGAAAAGAACAAAUAGACAUAUCUCAAUCCAUUUUCAUGCUGGGGCUUCUCAUUGGAUCUAUUAUUUUUGGUCCCUUAGGAGACAGGAUUGGAAGACGGCCUGUUAUAUUAAUCUCAAUGUUGUUGAUGUUUGUGUUCGGAGUUGGAGCAGCAUUUGUUACAGAGUUUUACGUCUUUACAGUGCUGCGAUGUGUUGUGGGAAUUGCUAUGUCAGGGAUCCUGAUUAACAAUCUUGUACUAGUUGCGGAGUGGGUGGGAUCAUCCCAUCGCGCAUACGCCACAAUCACCGGCCAUGUUUUUUAUGCAGUAGGGCAGAUGGGUUUGGCUGGGCUUGCUUAUGGCAUCAGGAAUUGGAGAUUGCUGCAGAUAAUUUGCUCAGCACCCACUGGGUUAUUGUUUUUCUACAUUUGGGUUCUCCCAGAAUCACCUAGGUGGCUUUUAACUAAAGGAAAAUAUGAACAUGCUAAAAACCUCCUCCAAAAAGCUGCAAGUUUCAAUAAGCAGAAGUUACCAGAAGAUUUACUAUCACAGCUAAAAGAAGACAAACGGACCAAAUCUGGAUCUAUGCUAGAUCUUUUCAGGAAGCCAAACCUCAGGAAAAUAACGCUUGUUAUGAGUUUUGUGUGGUUUGUAAACAGCCUGGUGUAUUACGGUCUGAGUCUGAAUGUUGGGAGCUUCGGGCUGGACAUCUAUCUCACCCAGCUCAUAUUUGGAGCAGUAGAAAUUCCUGCCCGACUUGGAUCCAUGUUCAUAGUGCAGUUCUUUGGACGGAAACUGAGUCAAUCUAUGUGUCUCUUAGUGGGCGGGAUAGUCUGCCUUAUUAUUACUGCCAUUCCAAAGACGUUACCUGUUGUAAUCACAGUGCUGGCAGUUACUGGGAAAUUUGCAAUUGCAGCCUCAUUUUCUAUUUGUUAUAUCUAUGCAGCGGAGUUAUUUCCCACAGUCAUCAGGCAGAAUGGAGUGGGCCUUUGCUCUAUGACCGCCCGUGUAGCUGGGAUAAUUGCUCCGCUCAUUAGUCUCUUGGAUACGUAUAACCCUGCUAUAUCAAUGGGCAUUUAUGGCAGUGGCCCUGUCAUCGGAGGUCUCCUCUGCUUCUUCUUACCAGAGACACGGAACAUGGACCUUCAGGACCAUACAGAUGAAGCAAAUGGUAUUCCAAGGUCUCUUGACAUACCAGAGGAACAUUUUAUUAAUGAAAAUCAUCACAAACAUGAACUGGAUCCAAAAGAAUCACAAACAUCAACUCGCUUUUAAGAACUUUGAGUACAUACUGUAUGUUUGGAUAAAUUGGAGAACUUGUUUUCACAAACUGUUCUGUUUUCCUCACAAUAAUGC